CUUCAGUAUGUCUCAACCCUCUGUGUUGCAGGAGCUUAUGAUUCUCCGUAACAGCUGCUACCUGCCAAAUAAAAAUCCCGAGGCCGCCCGAUCCAUGAGUGGGCAUCGAAACGUCAAGAGGCGAUGUGGGGAGUCGCACCUGGAAUCCCCCGCGGGCUGCGGUCACGGUCCCGCCGCUGGCUGCGUGUUAAGCAAACUCGUUCAGUUGCCUACACCUCCCUUGUCAAAGCACCAGCUGAAACGGUUAGAAGAACACAAAUAUCAGAGUGCCGGACGGUCCCUGCUUGAACCCCUAAUGCAAGGUUACUGGGAAUGGUUAGUUGGAAGAGUUCCAGCCUGGAUUGCCCCGAAUCUCAUCACCAUCAUUGGACUGUUAAUAAAUAUAUUUACAACCCUGCUAUUAGUAUAUUACUGCCCAACAGCUACAGAGCAGGCCCCUCCCUGGGCGUACAUCGCGUGCGCGUGCGGCCUUUUCAUCUACCAGUCUCUGGAUGCGAUAGACGGAAAACAAGCGAGAAGGACGAACAGCAGUACUCCGUUAGGAGAACUUUUUGAUCAUGGCUGUGAUUCGCUUUCCACAGUCUUUGUGGUUUUGGGAACUUGUAUUGCUGUGCAGCUGGGAACGAACCCUGACUGGAUGUUCUUUUGUUGUUUUGCUGGAACAUUCAUGUUUUACUGCGCGCACUGGCAGACGUACGUCUCUGGAACGUUGCGCUUUGGCAU